AGGAGAUCCGCGAAGGAUCCGUCGCGAGUGAGCGCCGGCGAGGAGCGGCCGCGCGCUUUUCUCUUACCAUGGGAACGCUAUUUGGCAGAUCCCUGCCGCUUCGUUGCUCCCAUCGCGAGAUCAGAUCAGCUGAUUGUUAAGCGGAGAAAUUGCACGAUCGACGGAUCGAUUAUCCGUACGGAUAAUCAUCAGGUGAGAAAUAAUCCCGAGGGAUUCAGCCUCGAUCUCUCGAAAAACACGGAGAGAAUUAUCCGCCGUCCGUGAAUCCUCGCGCGCACUUUUUAUUUCCGUCGAGUCGUGCAUAUCUCAUCAUACAUUUCAUCAAAACGAAAAUCUCCCUCAUCGCCUCGCGAUAUGUCACAUCCAAAUAGUAAAUCGCAAAUCGCGAUCUUUGACCGCGCGAUAUGAAUCAUCAGUUCUCGACGGUAGCCGCGCGAUUACGAACGCCAAGGUCAAAGUACAACUAUCUUAUCUCACACGUAUGACUCAAGCUUGUUGACAAUGCUAAAUCGUGGAGCUCAGUCUGAGUGUCGUGUCACGCGUGCCAUUCACGAGCCUCGAAAGUCUUUCAAUGUCCGACGGAGAAACGCUCGAAGGUAAUGUGCGAGGCCGACAUGUUCGAGAAUGUCGAGUUGUGAAUGGAUAGUUCCCACCGGUUACACCGGUUCGUCGGCUCGCGCCGGCUUGACUUGAGGAGGAGGUGGAGACGCGCGCUCCCAUCGUACGAUCGUUGGCGCCAUUUGUCCUCGUCGUAGAGUCGACCUAGCUCUCCGCUGUAACACCCACGGAUAUCGAUCCUACGGCGCGUUCCGAGCGUCCCGAACGACGUACGCAAGCCCGACGAGUCGAGGCGACGAGGAGAGCCACCCCGGUGUAGCUAGUUCAUGCUCGCGCGCGCGUCCCUUCGCACCCCCGCUCGUCCUCUCUCACUCUCUCUCUCUCUCUCUCUUUCUCUCUCUCUUUCUGUCUCUGUCUUUCUCUUUGUCGUAUCCUCUCCUUCUCUUCCCUCCCUCCCUCCUCCUCCUCCUCCCUUUUCGUCCUCCUCCUCGUGAGCAGGAGCACGGCAAACGGGCGAGAUGAGCGACCAGGAGGACCUGGAUUAUUACAUCAUGUUCCCGCCGUUUCCGCCGUCCCCGAAGGACCCGACGCUGACCACCAGCGGGCAAGACCAGCGGGAGGAGUUCGUGUUCGUAUACGAGGAGGACAAGCGGCCGGUCGUCGUCCUACUAGGAUGGGCCGGCUGUCAAGACCGUUACUUGGCCAAGUACAGCGCGAUCUACGAGGAGAAAAGCUGCAUCACGCUGCGUUACACCGCGCCGGUGGAGUGCCUGUUCUGGCGCAGGGAUAAGAUGCCUUACAUCGGCAAGCGGCUGCUGCAGGUGAUCACCGACAAGCGGCUGGACGAGCACCCGAUCUUCUUCCACGUCUUCAGCAACGGCGGCGCGAUCCUCUAUCAGCACGUUAGCCUCGCCAUGCAGAGAGCUAACACGCCGUUCGAGGUCCGAGGAGUGAUAUUCGACAGCGCGCCCGGAGAGAGAAGAUUAACGGCGCUCUUCAAGGCGAUCAGCGCGAUUAUCGGCGGUCAUCCCCUCACGAACCUGCCCAUGUCAUUCGUCAUCACGUUCUUUAUAUCUGUGUUGUGGUUCUUCGAGGUGAUCGCGCAGGCGUUCAGCAGAACUCCCAUCCAGACGAACCCGAUCGCCCUCGCCGAGGAAGCCUACUCCUGGCCUCAGCUGUUCUUGUAUUCCAACAGCGACACUCUGAUCCCAGCGUCCGACGUGGAGAAGUUCGCCAGCCGACGGGCCGAGCGUGGCGUGCGAGUGCAGCUGGUGCUGUUCACCAAUUCGCCGCACGUCAAGCACUAUGCCACCUACCGCGACGUCUACGUCAACACUGUGUGCAGCUUCGUCCACGAAUGCCUGACCUCGCCGAGUGCGUCCAGGAGCCUGCUGUCGUCCCUGGACCGCGGCGACGAUCACGGCUCCCAGGGCUACGACGCGCCGCCGGGACUCAUCAAGCGCGUCGUGCUGCCACACGAGGCCACCAGUCAGCAGAAUUAGAGAGGAGAACGGGAGAGACGUUAAUAGAUAAAAUAGAGUACCCGCCUGCGGGAUCGCGCCGGGAUCCCGCGGGUGUAUAAAGGGAGAGAGGAUCGUUCGUUCCCGUAUACGCGCAAGAAUAACCGCGAGAGACGAAAGAAUUGAAAAGUAAAACGCGCAGAAUUUGUUCAGGGGAAGCGCGGCUUCCUGAUCGCCACGAGUAGGAACAUUGAUUCCCCUUUUAUUUAUUUAUUUAUUUAUUUAUUUAUUUGUUUUUUUUUGCGAUGUGUUCCCUUCUGGUCGCUUCAACUGCUAUUUUUGAUUCUGUGAUAGGACAAUUGUGUUAUUAGAAGUUAUUAGUUCCUCAAGAGUAGAGUUAAGCUACGUCGAAGCGAACGGUUGGCGAUAGAACCGGAAGACAGACGGCCCACAGAACUCGGGAUCAGUUCCCGACUGCGAGGAUCAGGAACUCGAUCUACCCAAAAACGAAUUCCCGGGCGUUCUUUUCGACUCUUUCGUUUCGCGCGAAAGGCAAAGGGACGAUGUCCGAGAUGCUGGAAACGGUGCUACGUUCGUCGGAACGCGUAGAGCUAUUUUGUACGAAGUGUGCUUAUCAUUUCGAGUGAAGAAGUCUAGUCGAUGAGCCGAGGGAGACCGCACACACGGUGGCGUAAGAUCUUUCGAGAAGUUCCGUUGCGCGCCAAAAGACGCGCCUCCACGUACCUCACUCGAGGUACGAAAAUUUGCCGAAGCCUACGCUGAUUCUCACGUCUCUGUGUACGUUUACUCGAGCCUCUUGCGAUUCCUACGAACACAGCCGGUUCACAGAAGACUCAUCAUGCAUCCGCGACUCGUCCACGCGACUCGUCCACGCGACUCGUCCACGCGAAUUUGCACGGCGAUUCGCUUUAUCUGGCGAUUUCGCUCCAGCGAUCGCGUGUUCAAUGAAUCAGAGCCGAGAUCACCCCCCGGGGCGAGUUUGCACGUUUGCACUGUUUGCGGCAUCGUGAGAGCCUUGUCAGAAUGUCCCCCGGUCCUCGCGGAGGCAACGAAAAAAACAGCCGACUCCACACGUCCUCUCUCUCCUUCGCCUUAAUUUCUCCUACGUUGUCCCCGUCUCAGCUUGAUUCUUCGUUUGUAAACUUCCGUUCGACCUCUUCCGCCACCGCGUGUCCGAGCGAUCACGCCGAUCCUUUUAGUAGCUUACAAAGUACUCGUAGUCAUGGACGCGCUCGUUCCAGCGUAUCCUCGCGAGCGACGCGAUUUCUCGUUUGUCGACGGGUAUUGUUCUCCGACGAUGGGACGAUGAGACGCGAUCUCGAUAGGAUAACGAUCGAUUGACUAAUUUCUGGGACAGGAUCGAUGCGUUUCUAGGAAAUCCUACGUAAUAAACAGUAUCUCGCGCAAUGUUGUCGCUUUCACUCUUUACAUCUUUACGCAAAGAGAGAACCCGCACAAAAGAAUCAAGCUGGACUUGAUUUGAGCUUUCGCAACUCACAGCUCGAUUGCAUGGCAUUUAAUAUCGACUAAGGAACUACGAACGCGCGCUCUCGCGCAAAAUUCUCCUUGUAUCUAAAAAAUUAUAUCAGUGAUAAACUCUCGUCGCCCGAGAGUAUAGCUGUAUCGGGUGUCGUUGCAAAACACAUCUAUACAUAUAUAUAUAAAUAAUAUAAUAUAUUUUGAUCUGUCGAUUAGUUACACGAAUAAAGACUGAUAAAUAUCUGCGA